UUGAACACAAUAAAUCCGUAUCAUUUUCAACACGGGUCUAGAUGGCGACAGAUUCAACAUGAGUGUUCACAGUUUCUACUUAAAAUUGUUUGUUUUUACAGCCAUCAAUCAUUUGCACGCAUACAGUAUAACAAAUACAAACCACAAUAACGAUAAUCAUGAGUACUCUAUUGAAUCCUUUGAUGACGCACCAAAAAAAAGACAUAUCAAACAUCAAAGACCGGAGGUAGAUGAAGAAAUCUCUGAAUCGGAAGAUUCAGAUUUAAGAAAGGAAAUUAGACGUGAACUCAUCCAUAGGAUUAUCGAGAGAAGACUUCGAGAUCAGGAACUUGAGGAAAGACCUGAAAGAAUUACGAAUCGAAGAAGUAAUGGAAAUCGAUGGAGAUCUCGCUUCCAUUCCUCAAAUGACAAACCUUACGUAGAAUCUGAAAUGGGAAAAGAAAAUCGACGAAAUGGUGAUGCGUUAAAUAGGGUCUGGGUGGAUAGAAAUAACAUUAAUUCAGUUGAUACUAACUUUAAUAGUAAAUGGAAACCUAUUAAAAUGGAGCCAGAUCAUACAAAUUUGGGUAGAUUUGAUAUUAACACUUUAUUAGGUCCAGAAAACUAUAGCAUACCAAGUCAUCGAUGGAAGCCUGUAUCAGACUCAGCUCACGUCGAUUCCGGCAAGACAAAUAUAGACAAUUUAUUGGAACUACAAAAUAAAGGGCAUAUUACAUAUAACAAAUGGAAGCAAAUGCAAGUAAACCCAGACAAUAAUUUAGGUAAAUUAGAUAUAAACACUUUAAUGGAACGAGAUAAUAAAGGAGCAGUUACAAUUCAAAGAUGGAGACCAAUUGGAAUAUACAAUCAUGAAGGCAAAGUAAACAGGGACAAUUUGUUGGAUCUAGAUAAUGAAGAUAAUACAAAUAAUAAAUGGAAGCUUAUUAAAGCGAAAGCAGAUGGUAACGAUGAAAUUAAAGUAAAUAAUUUGUUGGAACCCGAUAAUUAUAAAUUAUACUUUGAUGAAGAUGCUAAUGGAGAUUUAACUGUGCUAACCGAUGAUGAUAUAAAAAAUAUUAAACAGGCAAUAGAACUUGACUGGCGCAAUGUAAACCAAGAUGAAUUGAUUGAAAUUUUCAGAUCCUACUGGUAUAAGUUAAUUGUGAUGGUUGAAGAACUAAAGGAAAUAAAUGAUCAAAUUCAAACAGGUUAUUUAUUGUGGCUCCUGCAGGCUAUGAAGGAGACCGUUAUAAAUAACCCUGAAUACAUAAAUAUAUAUUUGAAAUCCAAUAUUAAUGACAUACAAGAUUACAACAAGUCUGAGAGCCAGAAAGUAAAUCGCCCUCUUCAAAUACACGAAAUGCCAAAAAAUGAACUUACAAUUGAUAUGCCUCCACCCAAAGGCUUAAUAAAGAAAAUCUGCGAAGCAGUUAAUCAAAACGUAGAAGAUUUCUGGAAAAUAUUUUACAGUUACUUUAGCAAACAACCUAAUGAUAGAGAAAAUUUAUUAGACUUAGAAAAGUUAUACAUGAUUCUGACGAUUUUUACACAAUUCAACAAUGCCAGGCAAUUCGGUUUGCCCGUAGAGCAAUAUGUGGAUGAAAUUAUUAAAAUCAUCGGGCCAGACAUUCAUUCCUUAGGACCAUUUUUAAAUACAGAGACUAAACCCAGUAAACAAAUUUCAAAUACUCCGUGCAUGAGCUGUGACGGAAAUAAAAUUAAAGACGUAGUUAAUAACUUGAUUGAGGAAGAGAAAUUGUCUGGAGGAAAACCUGAAACAGUACCAAUAGUUCCUAAUGACCCAAACAAUAAUCCUAAAAUAGAACAGAAUGGACAUGCGCUAGGUCAUAAAAACGUAGACAAACCUACUCCAGAAAUUGUUAAACAUGUACAGGAUACAAUUAAUGUAGAAGCAAAUACUGUUAAACCGAUACUAGAUACAAAUAAAUUCGAAAGUAAAACUCCAAAGCCUCUACCAAUUAAAGCACCGGGUCACUUUAUAGAAAUUGAAUUACCUGUAGAAAAAAAUAAAGGAGUUUGGCAACACAAAGAUGAUAUUCACAAAAAUUAUCCAGAUACUACAUUUCUUAAACCUGUGCCAAAUAUAAAUAUUGAAGAUUAUGAUAUAAAAAGCCUACCAAACAUCAAUAAUUUACCAGCUAAACCCAUAAAGCCAAUGCCAAGUCCAGAUAAACUAAAACAAAUAAUAGAAGAAACUGUACCACUUGUUUAUGACCCUAAGGUAACAAAAACUAAGCCCAUAGAAGAUUUAAAACCGGCACCAGAUUCUGAUGAUUUGCCUACCAAAACUGAAAAUAAAAUUCCAGAAUCAAAUAAAAUUGGUCUAAUCACUGUGGAAACCAAACCGAAUUUACAGAAUAUAGAAGGAAAACCAAUUAAACCUUUAGAAGGCGUACUAAACAAAGAUGUAAUAAUACCAGUACCAGGAUCAGAUAGCCUACGUGAUAAUAAUAUGAAGCCAAUUUCAGAUAAAAAUAAAAUAAAAGAUGUAAUUGUGGAAACCAUACCGGAUAUAGAUAAGCAAAAGGUGAAUACAAUUGAACCUAUGCAAGAAAUCAAUAUCAAACAUGAUACGCCUAUAAAAUCGGUACCCGAUUCUGAUAAUUUGUAUAUUAUAACUGCAAGGCCAUUUCCUGAAAAAGAUAACAUAGAAAAAAUAACUGUGGACACCAUACCAGAUAUAAAUAAUAUAGAACCAGGUAAAGGUAAGCCUUUACAUGAUUUACUUAACAAAGAUGUAAUAAAACCAAUGCCAGACUCACGUGAUAAAAAUAUAAAGCCAAUUCCAAACAUUGAUAAAAUAAAAGAAAUAAUUAUUAAUACUACACAAGAUUUUAAAGAGCCUGAAAUAGAAAUAAUCAAGCCAAUGCAAGACGUAGAUAACUUGGACGCAAUACCUUUUAAACCGGCCCCAGAUUCAAAUAGAAUAAAAGAUAAACCCGUAAAACAAACACCCGAUUUGACUAGCUUGGAAGGAAAUCAUGUAAAUACAGCACCUGAUUGGAGUAAGUUACAGGAAAAACCUAUUAGCCCAAUUUCAGAUAUAGAAGCCCAUACUAUAAACCCAAUACCAGAUUCAGGUAAUAAAGAAAUAAAGCCUUUAAGACCUAUUCCUCAGAUUAAUGUUCCAGAACACGAUAUAGACAAACAGCAAAACAAACAUAUUCACGACCUUGUGCUUUCAAAUAAAGAGGUGGAUUUACCUUUACAAAGUUUAGAAAAAUGGAAAAAUAUUUUGAAACCUCCUAUAUAUGAGAAAAAAAAUAAAGCUGUAGAACCAAAUCCCAAUUUAAUUAAUAUACCUUUAACGAAUAUAAUUCACGACAACAAAGAAAAAGAAGACCUCAAUAACAUUGAUCCUUACCUCAAAGCUAAGAUUAUAAACUUGAAAAAGCAUCAUCCCAAUUUAAGCAUUGAAGAUAUUAAAAAUAUAAUCCAACAGGGGAAACCGAAACCUGAAUUUAAUGAUAAAGAUGAUGUACAUGACAAUCUGCAUAUAAUUUCUCCACCUGAUAUUAAUAAACACGAAUUUGAAGUUAAACAUCCUGAUAUGAUUAAAAACACCAAACAAAAUAAAAAAGUACCACAACUAAAACCAGAUAAUGAAUACAUUGCACAAUCUGAUGCAGAUAACUGGUCUGAUUUACCAGAAAUAGAGAAUCAAAUUCUUUCGAAAGAUAUAAGCAGUGAUAAAAGCAAUAUCAAAGAGAAUGUUCCUGGGAUAGACAAAACUUACGAUUACGUAGUUAAAAAGAGACCUUUGCAUCAUGUGGUUGAUGUUCAUGAUCCCAAAAAUAAACAAAUCAAUAAAAUAGACCCUGAAAAUCAAACCUCAGUCGAUCUUAUUUCAAAGGACACUUUAGAACUUCUAACACACAUGAUUAUAGUCUAUCUGAAGAAAUUAAUAAGAGACCUAGGCUUGGAAAUUUUCAUUACUUCUAUCAACUUUGAUUUGUUAAUAAAUUCAUUAAUGAAAAUCUUGCUAAUCAUAUUAAAGGCUUUGGCAGCGAACGGAGUACCAAUACGGUUAAUAAUGAAAGUAGCAGCGGAAAUACAGGAUAAAUUGCGUUUAUUCCAAUCGGCGGAGUUGCAGGAAUGUUUACGUAAAGUUUCUUCAGCGAUAAUGGAUAUAAUAGCCUUUGUAGUGGAGAACAUCGUGCAAAAUAUAUAAAUAAACACAGCUCAAUAAUAAAUGGUUUUAUUUUUA